AUGCAACAAACAGUGCAUGUAGCGUUUGAUGGGUGGCCGGAGGAAUAUAGGGAGUGGGAGAAGUGGGCUUUACUAUCUGAACAAAAAGGCCGAUGUUGGGAAAGUUUAGGACAACACAGAUUAGCGGAGACAGCGCACCGAAAAGCAUUACUAUUAAGUACAGAGAUACUAGGGCCUGAGCAUCUAUUUACGCUGGCGAGUAUGCAUAACUUAGCGUUAGUACUGAAUAGCCAGAAAAAGCAUGAGGAGGCUAAGGCCAUAAAUGAGCAGACACUAGCCCGAUACAAGAAGGUGUUAGGAACUGAGCAUCCCUCUACAUUAACAAGCAAGCAUAGCUUAGCUUGGGUUUUAAAUAGUCAGGGAAAGUGUAAGGAGGCUGAGGAAGUAAACUGGCAAACGCUAGUGCUGCGAGAGAAGGUGCUAGGGCCUAAGCAUCCAGACACGCUGGCUAGUAUGAGCAACUUAGCGUGGGUACUGAGUAGCCAGAGAAAGUAUAAGGAAGCUGAAGUGAUGAACCGGCAGACGCUGGCGCUACGAGAGAACGUAUUGGGGUCUGAGCAUUUGGACACGCUGACUAGCGUCUAUUACCUUGCCUAUUCUCUUGCUCAGCAGCAUUAUAUAGAUGAACCUUUGCGUCUAUAUCAGAGGGCAUCCACUGGAUACGAUCUCAUCCUUGGAGAAGGGCAUCCUACUACCUUAGCUUGUUGC